AUGGCCUCGGACCUCGAGCGCUACAUCAGUGACAAUGCUCUCGAGUUCUUCGGUCUCGCAGACAAGAGCAUAGUCGACUAUGUCAUCGCGUCUGCAUCGUCUUCAAAGUCGGCUGAAUCCCUCUUUGCCGCACUCAACGCCUCCGGCUUCCCCGACACACCGUCCUCUCACGCCUUCGUCUCGGAGGUUUACUCUCGCGUCCCGCGCAAGCACAAACACAAGUCCUCCGCCGCGAAAGACACCCCCUCCCUCCAACCCCAAAAGUACUCUUUCGUGCUCGACGACGACGACGCGGGCAAGGACGUGGUUGAACAACCACGGGAGAAGAAGAAGCGUACGGAGGGCGGAAAGAAGAAGCGGCACACGCGCAAGCGCGAGGCGGACGCGGGGCGCUGGGAGAGCGAUGGCGAGGACGACAAUACACAGGUUCGCAAGUGA